AUGACUUUCAAUUACACUCUGCUGAACUCAUCAUUUCAAAAUAACCAAAGGCAAUGGAAGUACCACGUGAAGAUCAAACUCCGGCGGUACCGCUUCAAGCUGCUCUGCUCUGCGGGCAUCAUCACCAUCCUCCUGCUGUACAUCUUUGGCGUCUUCACGCACCUCCUCGAGCUCGACUACGAGACCAACUUCAGCUACCCGCUUUCCACGCCAAACUUCCGCUAUCUCAUUGAGACGGUCAAGCUGAAGCUGCACUCCAGCGAGCUGGCGACGCCGCUCAACAACUUCACUUUCGCUUACAACUACAGUCCGGCGGGCAAGUGUGUUGCCUCAUCUGCCUCAAUUCCGCCCAGUCCGCUGACGCUGUUGAUCGUGGUCAAGUCAGCCGUCUGCAAUUACCGCCUUCGGGCGGCGAUUCGCCAGACCUGGGGCUACGAAAAGCGAUUCGCCGAUGUGAACAUUCGCACUGUUUUUGUCCUCGGUCGGUGUCCGCCCACUUCUUCAUCAGCAUCAACCACCUCCUCUCGGAGAAGUAGAACUAGUCCAAUCACCACUACCACCACCACAUCUUCCCAGUGUACCAUCACCUCCAGGCUGUCCCCUCUCUUUGCCACAAAGGCCUUUACCUGGCUGCCCAAGUGCAAUGACUCCUCAACUGCAGCUACCACUGACGAUUCCUCGUGGCCUAAGUUAUCAUCAUCAUCAUCAUCAUCACCAUCACCAUCGGAACCAUAUCCACUCGAUUGCCAGCAGCUGAUCGACGCCGAGUACGCCGCCCACCAGGACCUGGUGCAGGCGGAGUUCACCGACUCCUACUACAACAACACCCUGAAGACGAUGGCCACGCUGCACUGGACGGUGACGCACUGCAGCCAGGUGCCCUUCCUCCUCUUCGUCGACGACGACUACUACGUGUCGGUGAAGAAUCUGCUCAAGUUUACACGGAACUUUCUCCGCAGAGCAGCUCAUGGUAGUGAGGUGGACGACGGCGAGGACGAUGUCAGUUUGGAGCAGGCGAAAUCAGACAAUCGAAAUGAGUACGUCCACUUCGACGGCCGCCUCUACACCGGCUUCGUCUUUCCCCACUCGCGCCCGAUGCGCCACCUGCCGAGCAAGUGGUACAUCAGCCUGGCGGAGUACCCCUUCUCCCGCUAUCCGCCCUACGUCACCGGCGGCUGCUUCCUCCUGAACAACCACACCGUGGCCGAUCUGCACUACGCCAGCCUCUACACGGCCAAGUUCAAGUACGACGACGUCUACCUGGGCAUCCUCGCCCACAAGAUGGGCGUCCGGCUGGUGCACAACCCGCACAUGUACUUUCACAAGUAUGGCUAUGAGAAGGCCGCCUACCGGGAGGUGAUUGCCUCGCACGGCUACGGCAGUCCGGAGGAGCUGAUCACCGUGUGGGAGGAGCAGAAGGCGGCGGGAAAUGCUUAG